UGCACACCGGGACUUGUAGUCUCCUCGUGGCUGGUUCAGAAAGAAGGCGCUAUUCCUCUGAAACUUGAGAUCGGUUUCUUAGAACUACGAGCCCGAGACCCUCCCCCCACCGGACCGCACAGGCUUUUAAAGCGGCCCCUGGGAAGCCACUCACCGUCAGAGACGGCUGGAGCUGAGGCUGCGCCAUCGUCACCGUCGGCGGCCAUGACACCGAGGUCCCUCGCUUGUAUAGUCAGUGUGCACGCGGGACUUCCUCUUCGUCUCCUCACUCCGCUCCUGCAGUCGGGGACGGGGCGGAGCUUCGCCCCCGGAGUCGCCGACCGGUCGGACUUCCGUUCAGACCUCCCGGGUCUGGCGCGGUGGAGCCAGCCUGGCGCGCGCUAGGAGCCUAUUGGCUGGCGUGGGCCGGUUCACCGCCCGGAUUGGCCGGAGCCACGCCCCCUGGAGUUCGUCUGGGAGCUGGGCGCUGGAGAUCGCGCAGGAGUCAAUCAUGAGGAAGCCACGAGCAGCUGUGGGAAGUCGAAGUCGUUGCAGGAAGCAGGCAUCCAGCCAGGAGGGAAGGGAGAAACGUGCCCUCAGCAGCAGCCAGGCCAAGCCGUCUGCACCUGACGGCCUGGCCAGGCAGCAGGAGGAGGUGAGAUUGCAGGCCCCUGUCUCCCCGUACCAUCUAUUCAGAGACACAGCUGAGGUGACAGUCUUCCGGAAGAGCCUGCUGAGCUGGUAUGACCGAGAGAAGCGGGACCUACCCUGGAGAAGGCGGGUGGAGGGUGAGGUGGACCUGGACAGGCGGGCAUACGCUGUGUGGGUCUCAGAGGUCAUGCUGCAGCAGACCCAGGUUGCCACGGUGAUCGACUAUUAUAACCGAUGGAUGCAGAAGUGGCCAACGCUGCAGGACCUGGCCAGUGCUUCCCUGGAGGAGGUAAACCAGCUCUGGGCUGGCCUGGGCUAUUAUUCUCGAGGCCGGCGGCUACAGGAAGGAGCCCGGAAGGUGGUAGAGGAGCUAGGGGGCCACAUGCCACGUACAGCAGAGACCCUGCAGUGGCUCCUGCCUGGUGUGGGGCGGUACACAGCCAGAGCCAUUGCUUCCAUUGCCUUUGGCCAGGCAACCGGUGUGGUGGAUGGGAACGUAGUACGGGUGCUAUGCCGUGUCCGAGCCAUUGGUGCUGAUCCCAGCAGCACCCUUGUUUCCCAGCAGCUCUGGAGCCUAGCCCAGCAGCUGGUGGAGCCAGCCCGGCCAGGAGACUUUAAUCAAGCAGCCAUGGAGCUGGGGGCCACAGUGUGCACCCCGCAGCGCCCGCUCUGCAGCCAGUGCCCUGUGCAGAGCCUGUGCCGGGCACACCAGAGGGUAGAGCGGGAACAGCUCUCAGCCUCACGGAGCCCGCCAGGCAGUCGUGACGUGGAGGAGUGUGCUCCCAACACUGGACAGUGCCAGCUGUGUGCGCCUCCCACAGAGCCCUGGGACCAGACCCUGGGAGUGGCCAACUUUCCCAGAAAGGUCAGUCGCAGGCCCCCCAGGGAGGAGUGCUCUGCCACCUGUGUUCUGGAGCAGCCCAGGGCCCUUGGGGGUGCCCGAAUUCUGCUGGUGCAGAGGCCCAACUCAGGUCUGCUGGCAGGACUGUGGGAGUUCCCAUCUGUGACCGCAGAGCCCUCAGGGCAGCACCAGCGCAAGGCCCUGCUGCAGGAACUGCAGAGUUGGGUUGGGCCCGUCCCGGCCACCCGCCUUCGGCACCUGGGACAGGUGGUCCACACCUUCUCUCACAUCAAGCUGACAUAUCAAGUAUACGGUCUGGCCCUGGAAGAACAGACCCCAGUGGCCAUUGUACCACCUGGAGCUCGCUGGCUGACCCGGGAGGAGUUUCACACCGCUGCUGUCUCCACCGCCAUGAAAAAGGUGUUCCGUGUAUACGAGGGCCAGCAGCCAGGGACCUGCAAGAUAUAGACAAUAUGAGAAACGUUUCACAGUUUAAAAAAAAGUCCCAUCUCUUUGGACCCCUGUGAGAUUCAACUUCUGGCACGAUGAGAUGGAGGCCACACCUGGCUCCUAAAGACAAAGCCUUUCACUCCAGGCCUCUGUGGGUGUCUCUCAGUUCCAGCAGGCCCUGUGCUGGACUCCCCAGUGCUCCAGGACAGGCGGCUACACCCAGCUUCAGCCCUUCUCAGGCUUCCUGGACCCUGGCAGCUUGCUCCUGCACGGACUGCCACAGGGCCCGAAUGUUGCCCUGGCCAAAUCCAGUGGCCCCCUGCCUCUGAAUCAGCUCCAGGAAGAAAGUGUCCUCUGCAAAGAGCGACUUGGUGAAGACCUGAAGCAGAAACUUGCCUCUGUCACCAUCUAGCAAGACCCCCUGUCGGGCCAGCAGGCUAGGCUCUAGCCCUGCAGCCAGGAUCUGCUUCUCCUUGCCUGGCUGCUGGUAGUAGGCCUCAGGAGGAGUCAGGAGCUGACCCCCGGCCCCUACCACACCCUCAGUGGCUUUCAUGAUAUUUGGUGUGUAUAACCCCACGUGCUGCAGUCCAGGUCCCCCGUUCCGGGCCAGGAACUGCUCCACCUGGUCCUGUCGGCUGGUGACCCCCAGCAGGGACUCGGCCAGCACGAGGGUAGGGACAGCACUACCCGUAGGGGCCCGCAGGGCGGUGAGCCUCAGUCCCCCGGGCCCGGACUCUGCUGCCACCUCCAGGCCCAGCUCCGGAUCCUCACCUGGGCUCAGCGGCAGGUGGUGAAAGCCUAGACAGUCGUGGAACCAGCGCAUCAGUUUUGGGGAGCUGCUGGGGGUGCAGGCCAAGGUCAGGUGGUCCACGUGGCUGACCCAGCCCGGGCCAGGUGCGGAGGGCACAGGCCUAAAGCCGGGCAGAAAGGGCCCGCAGAAGCCAGUGCGGUCCAGCAGCGUCAGGCUGAGGUUGCCGGCCGGCGAGCUGAUCACGGCGUAGGUGGCGGCGCCCUGCUCAUCCCGCACGCUGACAGGGGGCACCGGCACGCUGCAGCCGAGCGCCGCCAGCGCCCGGGCGGCGGCGCCCGCGUCCGCCACGUCGAAGCACAGGUUCGUGGCACUGGGCACCGCAUGAUGCGGGUCCAGGCCGUACAGCGGCUCUGCGGGCCCCGCGCCCUCGUUCACCAAAAAGACCGCGUCGCCGCUCCGCAGAGCCAGCUGCCGCCAGCCGUCUGCUUCCCGCACCGCCAGGGGCUGGAAGCCGAAGAGGCGCUGCAGAUCCCGGGCGAGGGGCAGCCCCGCCGGCGCGUGGAAAGCGAUAUGGCACAGACGGCGGGCCGGCGCGGCCAUGGCGGUCUGGAUGGCGUCCCCGGCCUGUCCCUCCCCUGGGGACAAUCACUUGUCCGGGACUCGGAGACUCUCAGUCCCUGGCUUGUCGUCAGAAGCCGGUGGAGUCCAAUUUUGCCUGCAGACCGCGUUCCUCGAUCUUUUUCGGGGAGAAGCCACAAACGGACCACUUGGGGUCUUGCGGUUCCCUCUGCCGAAGCACGCCAAACUGGGGCUGCCUGGAGACCACCGAGUCUGAGCUGUGGCUCUAGAGAACCACGCGGAGCCAGUACAGGGGCGGGGCGAGAGAGGGGGGCGGAGCCAGUGACUGCCACUCUCCACCCCCUCGCUCAGCCUGUGUGGCCGAGAGUACACCGGGGGCACAGGACUGACCCUUCCCAUGACCUCUGGCUGGGCCUCACUCUUGGGCACUGACCUUCCCACGGCCUCUGGCUGGGCCACACACCUUUGGGCACUGAGCCUCCCAUCCCCGGACCCUGGAGAUCACAAUAGCUGCCUUCACUAGGUUCCAGGCACUGGGUUCCUACUCAUGCCCCAACCUCAGAGCAAAGGGAAUCAGCCCUAGUCGGGGGAAGAGUCCGAAUUUUCCCUCUACAAGCACGGAAUUUCUUAGCAAUUUCAUGUUUUAGCUUAAAAUUUUUGGAGAAUUUUGCUUUUAAUUGCCUAAUGUUCCUUUAAAACUUAAAAUAGAAUAAAAUGCUUUAAGUUACAGAUUUUCACUUUUUCCCCAAAAUGGUCCAGAGAAAUUUAUGUUAUAGGAAGAUAGACCAUUUAUUUAGCUCCUAAAUGCAUCUCUCUUUUGGGAAAUCUUUCAGCUGCACCUUUUCAACCCCACUUCUCCCUUAACAUUUUUUACGCCCUUGUCCCAAACAAGAUUUGGAGAAAAAACAGUGGCUCAGGAUCUGAAAGGAACAGCUGCACAGGCAUCCUUUCUCACCCUCCUGACUCUAUUAGGACUAGAAUAAGUCCUCUUUGCUCUUUCCAGCUUCCUGACUGGGUAUUAGGCCAGAGGAGCUUUCUGGGGGCAUUUCAGGCCUUGCCACUGAGAACUGUGUGAGAUCACUGGAUUGAGGAAAUUCGGAGUCUUCUGGAACUUCACCUGGUAGCUCUUGAAGGGUUUGGAAGGGCAUUCCACGAAGAGCAAAUGGCAUAAGCAAAAGCUCAGUGAGGAAUGUGAGCCAAACCCUCAGAGGAGCAAUGGAGCAUAAGGUUGGGGAGACAGUUGGGUUGGAUGCCUGUGGUCUGAGGCAAUGCAAAAGAGAUUCAUUUGUCAGGCAGCCUGGUGUGAUGACUUACUGUUGAGUUUCAUUGGCAGGAGGGAGAAGGAUGUGAUGAGGGGACAGGGCUUAGAAAAACACCUGGCUGGGUGUUCAGGCCUACAGCCAGGAAGGCAGUACCUGAAGCAGUGGUGAAAGGUACUUGGUGCUACUCUGCACUCCAGUGAAUUGGAGAACAUGGACUCCAAAAGCCAGACAGACCUGGGUUUAAAAAUCUACCUCCAACACUUACUAGCACAUGUAUAACUUUGGGCAAAUUGCUUAACUUCUGAAUCUUAGUUUCGUCAUCUAUAAAAAUGGGAAUAAUAAUAGUACCUACUUAGUGGGAUUGUUUUGAUUAAAUGAAAUAGUAUAUGGUGCAGCCUGGCAAAAGAUCCAGGUUUUAGCCUGUGAACCUGGGCCUGACUGUGGGGUCAGGGCAUACAAAGGGCUACUCCUCCGUAGUCCUGAGCACUGGGAAGGCACUGGGAGGGCUCUGGCUUUGGUGGUGUAU